CCCCGGCUUUCUGGGGCGGCGAGCGGCCGGGGCUGUGGGCGAGAGCGCGCGCGUGCGGGGCGGGAAAGCCAGAGUCGCGCGGCCGCUCGCUCGGGCGCCGGGCUCGGUCCGCGUUCCGGAGCGUCGCCGGCGGCGCCACCCUGGCCGUAGGCACCUGCGGGCCGCUGGGCGGCGGCGGCAGCGGCGGCGGCGGCGGCGACAUGAAGGUCACGUCGCUCGACGGGCGCCAGCUGCGCAAGAUGCUCCGCAAGGAGGCGGCGGCGCGCUGCGUGGUGCUGGACUGCCGGCCCUACCUGGCCUUCGCCGCGUCCAGCGUGCGCGGCUCGCUCAACGUCAACCUCAACUCGGUGGUGCUGCGGCGGGCCCGCGGCGGGGCCGUGUCUGCGCGCUACGUGCUGCCCGACGAGGCGGCGCGCGCGCGGCUGCUGCAGGAGGGCGGCGGCGGCGUGGCGGCCGUGGUGGUGCUGGACCAGGGCAGCCGCCACUGGCAGAAGCUGCGCGAGGAGAGCGCCGCGCGCGUCGUGCUCACCUCGCUGCUCGCCUGCCUGCCCGCCGGCCCGCGCGUCUACUUCCUCAAAGGGGGUUAUGAGACUUUCUACUCUGAAUAUCCUGAGUGUUGCGUGGAUGUAAAACCCAUUUCACAAGAGAAGAUUGAAACCGAGAGAAGCCUCAUCAGCCCGUGUGGGAAACCAGUGCUCAACAUCAGCUUCCGGCCGGCGUAUGACCAGGGUGGCCCGGUUGAAAUCCUCCCGUUCCUCUACCUGGGGAGUGCCUACCACGCGUCCCAGUGCGAGUUCCUGGCCAACCUGCACAUCACGGCGCUGCUGAACGUGUCGCGGAGGCCCUCCGAGGCCUGCACCAGCCACCUCCACUACAAAUGGAUCCCCGUGGAGGACAGCCACACGGCCGACAUCAGCUCCCACUUCCCGGAGGCAAUAGACUUCAUCGACUGUAUCCGGGAAAAGGGAGGCAAGGUCCUGGUCCACUGUGAGGCGGGGAUCUCGCGGUCGCCCACCAUCUGCAUGGCUUACCUCAUGAAGACCAAGCAGCUCCGCCUGAAGGAGGCCUUCGACUACGUCAAACAGAGGAGGGGCGUGAUCUCGCCGAAUUUCGGCUUCAUGGGCCAGCUCUUGCAGUACGAGUCCGAGAUCCUGCCUUCCACGCCCACCCCGCAGGCGCCCUCCUGCCAGGGGGAGGCGGCCAGCUCUGCCUUCCUAGCCCAUUUGCAGACACUGAGCCCCGAGCUGGAGCUGCCAAGCCCCUACUGCACAUUCCCUACCUCAGCGCUGGCGCCGGCCCCCUCCCACUCGGCCGUCUCCGAGCUCGGCAGGGGCUCCAGGCCCACAGCCACGUCCUGCUAAGACCGGGGUGGGCGAAGCCGCCCGGGCCCAAGAACUACUGUGAUUUCGUUUUUUUUGGUUUUUUGGUUUUUUUUUAAACUCGUGGACAUUUCAUACCUGUGCAAUACUGAAGACUCCCUCACUCCAUCCCGUGGUCCCGACGGGACAGUGAGUGGUCACCAGGCUUGCAAACGAACUUCGGACAGACCUCGGGGACCGGUUCUCGGGACCGAAGGAAGGCCAAGCCAUGAUGCGGGCGCAGCGCGUGCUGACUACUGGACUUGCAGAGCCCCCGUCCCGGGGCUGCCCGGUCCUCGCACCUCAGAGUUCGCCUUUUCAUUUCAAGCGCAAGGCAAUAAAUAUCCCGCUUCUGCGGGCCAAGAAAGCGGUUGCUUGACCAGGAGAAAAGGCAGUUUCAAAGCCAACUCAUUUUGAAGGAAGCACAAUUUCCACCAUGUUUUUUGUCACUCUGGCAGUCCCCAUAUAAGUCUCCGUCACUUCACAGCACGAGCUCGAUCACCGUGUAGUCAGGACAAGAUCCUCCUGAGUCUGGGGGCACCAGCGCGGGCGCUGACUUGAACCUUCAGGUGUUUGUCAGCUGCUGCCGCCUCCUGCCCCUCGUUGACUCCCGUGGAGGUGGCUGGUUGAAGUGACAAGACGUCGACUGCCUCCGGGUUUCCUUGUCACCGAGGGUUUUCCCUGACCUUGAACUCGGGAUGAUUCUUCCUCAUACUUGAACCUUUCUCAUCGCUCCUCUCCUCAAAGCAAUUCUUAAACGUCCUUUGCAAAGAGUUCUUCAACCAUAGACCAAAAAUCAGCUCUUUGAGGUGAUGGCGGUGAGUGCCAGGAGAAAAAAGAGACCUCUAGUCCACGCCGGUGGCACUGAGGGGACCAUUUUCCCAGCUUGCUGUCGAGUGUGCUGGUCUGUCUGUUGUGAACCCUUGUCUCCCUCCCUGCCCCUGGGGGUCGUCUCCAAGCUGUUGACUUUGGGAAUUUUUCCGAUCUCACGAUGUGGUACUAUUUUUUCCCCCCCUUUUUUUUCUUCUUUAUUUUUUCUUUUUUUUUGUCUACAGGUUAUUAUCUCCAGGGGAAAUGGCAAUAAUUUCCUACAAUCCAUAUGAAUGUGAAGAAAAGCAGUAUGUUACUGGUUGUUUUUGUCGUUUUUUAUAUAUAUAUAUAUAGAUAUAUAUAGUGCAAAAUAAAAAUAGCAAAAGAAAAAAAA